AUGGCUACCAACAUCACUUGGCAUGAAGGUGCAGUAUCGCGCACAGAACGCGAACAAUUACUACGUCAAAAAGGCCUCACCAUCUGGUUCACUGGGCUGUCUGGAUCCGGAAAAUCAACACUUGCAAGUGCAUUGGAGCAGCAUCUUUUGCAUCUGGAUGUGGCCAGUUAUCGACUCGAUGGCGAUAACAUUCGUUUCGGUCUUAACAAAGAUCUUGGAUUUGGUCCUAAAGAUAGAACAGAGAACAUUCGCAGGAUUGCAGAGGUCGCAAAAUUGUUCGCAGACGCAACGAUAGUCGCAUUAACGUCGUUCAUAUCACCGUAUCAAGCAGACAGAGAUGCUGCUAGAAAAUUGCACGAGGAUAGCGGAAUUCCGUUUGUUGAAGUGUAUGUUGAUGCGCCAUUAAAUGUAGCUGAACAACGUGAUCCAAAAGGACUUUACAAAAAGGCGAGGGCUGGCGAAAUCAAAGAGUUCACUGGGAUCUCUGCACCAUAUGAAGCUCCACCAGAGCCCGAACUACACAUUAGAACAGAUCAAACGAGUAUAGAGAAAGGCGUCAAGAUUAUCGUUGAUUAUUUGGAAGAAAAAGGAUUUUUAGUGCCUAAAACAUCAAAUUAA